AUGGUGCGUCUGUUCUACACGCCCGACUACGACUUKAAAACCAGACAGAUCCUGGACGGGGGACAGUUAACGGUGCCAGRGGACCUGGAUCUGGWGGGGCGGAUCUCUCUGGAURCYUCUYUGGUUAUUCUGGACCAGGUCAAGGCCAGCGACGUCGGYCAGUUCAAGGUCACYGACAUACUGGGGUUUCCUGUGUCCAACGUCUACCUGGAAGUGGAUGCCUACAAGCUGCCCUCCCUCUACGUGGCAAUCAUAGCACUGGUGGGCUUCCUGGUUCUCCUGCUGUUGGUGUGUCUGCUGUCCUGCCUGGUCAAGCAGAAGAAGAGGGCUGCCAAGGCCAGAGCCAUCGAGAAGAUUGCCCAAAACGCAGGCAAGGAGGACGAGGGAGAUGCCUUCAGACAGGUUGUGAAGAACAUUACUCAGUUUGAGGAGUCUAUAGCCCAGUCAAUUGACAUCACAGAGAAGUCUCAGAGCACUGAGGUGGACAUUAAAGGUCUGGAGGUGUCAUCCAAGGAGGUGGCAGGUGGUAACCUGGAGACCAGCGACUCAGGGGUGGAGUUUAACACCACUGGCCUCCCAUUGGACACUGACACUGACGUCCCCGACCAGAUUCCAGAAUCAGAGACUGAGACUGAGAGUGUUGCCUUCGUCCCAGAAACCAAGCCAAGCCCACCCCCGGUUACCAAACCUAGCCCUGUUCCCGAGAUAAAAAAAAUCCCUGAACCAAAAUUGACCAUAACCAAACCCGUUGAGACCAAACUCAGCCCAAUCCCCAGCCCGGUCUCCAAGCAGGCUUCAAGCCCCAUUGCCAAAACACCUGAACCAGCCAAAACUCCUGAUUUUAAAACUCCUGAACCGAAAAUACCUGAAUUGAAAACACCUGAACCAACCAAAACUCCRGAUUUMYAAACUCCUGAWCCGAAAACACCUGAAUUGAAAACACCUGAACCAGCCAAAACACCUAUUGCUGUGUCUCCAAGCCCGGUGUCCCCUAAGCCAACCCCACCCCUGACCCCUGUCUCCAAACCAACUGUACCCCAACCAUCAACCCCCGAACCCCCCAAGCUGGUUACACCAACCCCAGAAUCCCCCAAGCCUGUGACACCAACCCCAGAAUCCCCCAAGCCUGUGACACCAACCCCAGAAUCCCCCAAGCCUGUGACACCAACCCCAGAAUCCCCCAAGCCUGUGACAUCAAUCCAGACUCCGACCCCAACCCCAAUGCUGAGCCCUGAACCUGCUCCGACCACCAAUGGCACACCCGAACCACCAGCACCUGAAUCCAAACCUGACACUGCUCUGGCCCCAGUGGGUCUGAUCGCCAAGGCAACCCCUCCUAAAACCCCUGAAGUGGAGGUGACCGCCCCAAGUAGUCCAGCCCUUGAGGCCAAAAUGGACGCCCCAGCUGAGGACAACACCGCCACCACCGCAACCUGAGAACAGUCCCUGUACUCCUCCAAGGGAAACCCCACAGAUCCAUUAUCCUAUCCUCCUCCACCACUGUAGACAGACAAUCGAACACCCCCCUUACCAAAUAAGGAAGAAAUCACUGCUACUAUCGAGGCUGGGACUUAGAUGUAACACUUGUAAUGCUCGAACAUGCUGUAGGUUGUUAUGAUAGCUAACUCACCUGUACCUAACGCUAACAUUAUCUUUGAGAUACUUUUUUCAAUUCACAGUAUACUUUUCACAAGAUAGGAAAUAUAAGCAAGCGAGUUCCAUUUUGUCAGACGUUUUAGCUAUUGUUUUUUCUUUUUUACAUUUCUAUGCCGCAUACUCUUUUUUAGUAUGUAAACUAGAGCAUGACUGCCGGUCUGCCAACAAAAUCAGUUGCAGAGUUUACAAGUAAAAUGUUAAACCUAGCUACUUUAGAUAUUUUUUACAUUCAGAGGUGUGCAGAAUGGUUCCACACCCUUUUACAUAGAUAUAGGAACAAUAGAAUGGCAAGUGAACAUGACUCAAUCUAAUUCAACUACAUCUAUGACCACCUACUCCAUUUGUGGAAUGAUAAAACCUUUGAUGAUGCCUGCUCUAAUCUCAGCAUGUGAAAAAACAGACCAAAACGGAAGCACGAACAGCUCGUAAAUUUGCAACGGACAUUUUUUUUAUCUCAUAUMAUGAAACCAAUGACAUGAUUUAGCCCCCCCAAGGACUUAUAAAAGUGACUAUGACAUAACGUUCUCGUCAAACUGGAUGAAUUUAAAUCAACUUUCUAUCAAACUGGACUGGAUUCCUUCAAUCUCCUUGUGACAUUCUCUAUAAGUUUUCCUGAAACCUGGGAAUCUGGAAUUUUCCUGCUGGUCCUUUGCCGUCCUAUAGAAACAUCUAGAAUGCUUGAAUGAUGAAACAUCCUGAUACAAAGGAGCAUGGCAUUAUCCCAGCAACACCAACACCUGAAUGCUGAACUCUAACAUCAAUACCUUCUGCUAAACUAAGUCUAACUUUUGUUUAAAAUGGAUGUCUUAACUUUUGUUUAAAAUGGAUGUCUCAUGUGAUUGCGCUCCCAACUACGUGAGAGACUGUAUUGGUUAGAAGGUAUUGGCCAACUCUGACUGACUGUCCCAGUGGACCUCUAGAAUCAGUUUAAUCCAAGAGUAAGAGCUUGUGAUCCUUGACCUCACCCGAGGACCUGAAGACCCCAAGGACACACCUCAACACUUUAAGCAAUCCCCAGUGAAUCUUUGGAAAUGUAGUGCUGAUUGUUAUUGUGCUGACUGCAACUAUGAGAGUGGGAGAGGGAGAAGAGGAGGGGUCUGGUGAGUGAUGUCAUUGGCUUAGUCCUAACAUUUAAAAAAGGAAUCCUCACUCCUCUAUGUCCUUCUUUACUUCUGUCCUUCCUUCUGUCCUUCCUUCUGUCCUUCCUUCCUUUCCUUCUC